UCCUGUUUCGAUUGGGUGCUGGCAUCAUUUUAUCUUUGUCCAUUUCAUUUGAUGCCGAGCAUCACGUCAUCCAGCCUGCAGCUGUUGCUCUUUUAAACCAUCUGAUGUUCUACAACAUAUUUUCAGUCUUAUUCUCGCUCUAUAUUUUUCUCUCCUCCCCCUCCUGCCCCUGCAUGUGUGACGGUUGCUUUCGAUAACAGAGGGGCUUUUUACCCCCUUACUGUGCUGCAUCUCUUUGCAUCACUGCCGAGCUGUAGAAUCGAGGAAAAUGUGAAGACGCCCAUUUUGCUUUCUUGAACUGUGCUAUUUAUAUAAUUGCAUUGUUAUGUAAAAGACCAUGGAGCAUGGAUGCCACAUACAUAGCCUGGGCAUUGCAGUAGAUGAGACUUAUUCACACACGCACACACACAUCCUUGCACGCUUGCACUCGCUUACGCUCUGCCUGGAUUGAUCAGUGAUGCCAUGCCUCUGUAGUGGCAAUGCAAUUCUGGAAAGACUAUUUUUGCAAGCCUUGUAGUGCCGCUGUCACGUCUCCUCAGGAGGACAUGGACUACAGGAUGGGAAACUGCAUUGGAGUCGCACGCAGUCAGUCUGCCAGAGGUGGUCUGUGUUGGGUUUCAGUGGUGGUCUGAUGUGAAGGGGUCACCUGACAGCCCCGCUCAACAAGAUGGGGAAUGAAAACAGCACUCAGGAGUUGCCGGAGGGCGCUCCAGAUAACGUGGUGCUAUUUCCUCCAGAAGAAACCGAGUUUGAGUCGUUUUCUGAGGCUACAGUUCACACUGAUGAGGUGAGCCCAGUAAAGGAGAAGUGUAACGGUGCAGAGAACGGAUCUGUCCGCACUGAUUCAGCUACAGCGGAGCCACAGGUGUCUGAUGAGGAAGACAAGCAGCGAAGACAGGAGGAGGAAGACAAAGAAGAGCUUGAGUUUCCUCAUGACCUGCUGCCCAGCAUUGACCUCAGCACUGAACUCAAUCUAACCUGGGGAUCCUCACUUGGCAGUGGGCAGGUGGGCUCAGGUGGGAUGAAGAAUGAGACCACUGCCAACCCUCUGCUGGCAGGUUUACAGCACUACAUGGAGGCCAGUCCACCUGUAGUAGGCCUCAUGAAGAGCUAUGACGCUGACCAACUCUCUACUGCGAGCCCAUCGGAGCACCAGGUCCAGUCAAGCACAGGUCAGGAAAAUGUAUCAUCUCUCAAGCCUUUGGCUGAAAUGGAUUACGAACUUGAGGAAGCUUUUAAGGAAUGCGAGAACCAAAUGGCUGUUCUGGGCAUGUCCUCACAUGCAGACACCUGGAGUGCAGGUGAUCUGGACAGGAGUUUCUCAGUUGCCCUACCUGACAAAAAGGAUUCUGGAUCAUCUUCACAAAGCGAUCGAAGUGAUGUAGUGCACAAAAAUGAGGCAUCGGCAGAACCUGACACUCACCAAGCUCAUCUUUCCCAAUCCGGGGCUCCACCUGCCCCAAUACUGCACUCCCCACAGGGGGGGCUUGAGCAACACGAUGACCAGAAUUGGACAGAUGGCCACUGCAGAUCAAUAUCAGACCAGGAAACAAUACACCACAACCACUGUUCGAUCGUGGAAGUCAAACAUGAGAAAAAUGUGUCCGUUGCAUCUGCUGUUGUGAUUGAUUUUGGCCACGUUGCAUCUGAACGUGAGCCCACAGGGAGUCGUGAUUUACAAACAUGUUUGCUAGAACAGGGGAAUGGACCUCCUAUAGGCGGUGGAGCUGGCGUGCACACGCCACUGUGGGGGAAUUCACACUCUCUGAGCCGAACUGGUGCAGGAGAAGAGGAGGAGGAGGACGAGAGUGCCCUUGAAUGGAUUUCAGCUGCCGAUUCGUUUUUGCAAACGACACCCACGAGGCAGGAAUGCGAGGGAGAGGAAAGAGGUGAUGCGUACCAAAGUGCCGCAAUAAUAGUACAGGCAGCAGAGAGAGAUACGUCAGAUUUAGAUUCGGACCUGCUGCAAUCAGGAACGCAGGAGCGAAAAUGCACCAUUUUUCCAAAGAUUAAUAGCUCACCUGUUCAGAGAUUGGAAGAGAAAGAAGAAGUGACUAAGAAGAGCUGUGACAGCAGAAUGCCACAUAACUCGUCGGAGAGUGAAGAGAAGGGAGGGGGUCUGCCGAUCGUACUCUCACCAGCCGGAGACGAGGAUACAAGCUCAGUCGGCACAGAGGACAAAGCCCUGGUCACCAUUUCCUCUCCAGACGUCCCGGAAACAUGUGACUGGAAGGAAGAGAGCUCCCAAUCAACCGAGAGAAUGGGAGAGGGAGAGAAAGAAGGGAGUGAUGAGGAGGGGAAAGAGCAAAGUAAAGGCGGAGCACAGAACGCAGCCCAUGCCGGCAGCUUGUCACUGACUGAGGCAGAUUCAUCCCACAGCAUCACAGCAUCGCUAACAGCAACGCAUGAUGAGAGUGACCUCACCCCUUCUGUCACAGCUGACACAGCUUUAUCUGCUCUGACCAUCAAAAGAACAAACGACUGCGACUCCAUCAAUCCACCCCCUCCUCGUUUCCUCUUAAACAACACGAAAACAGCAGAAGAGCAGAGAGAGGCAGAGGCGUAUUUGAAUCAGAGUCCAUCAGGCAGUGAUAGUUUACUCCCACCAGCUGUCUUUUCUGAAAGGGACGUACUCGCAGCGCAAGCCAGCGAUCAACAGGUACAGAGCUCUUCACAAACUGGGAUCACUAACAGCGACGCAGACAUCAAGACAGACACACAUCAGCAAAAUCAAGCUGUAAGUACUGCAAGUGAAGACGUAUCACUUAAGCUAAGCAUGAAGAAUAUGAAUGAAAUUGCAUUGAAAACAGAAACCGAGUGCUCUUUUGGGGGCCAAAAGGAUACAGCGUUGAAAUGCCAAAUGACUAAAUGUGCUUCUCUGCCCCCUCUGAUGGUGUUUGAGAAACUACGUCAUCCAGUUAAAGAGUCGAGCUUCAACUUUGAGGGUUUUCUCAACAGCAGCAAACCACCACCGAUUGCAAACCUGCAGAAAACUGAGGUAGAAAACUCUCAGGGUGCAAAUAAUAAACCUAUUGCCUCUGAGGAAAAAAAUGAAAAGCAGGAAGACAAAAAGGAACAAGUGGAAAUGACAUGUCAAGAGCGGAAAAGCAGCAGAGAUGGAUAUACCACUCAAGACAUUAAUGAUUUUCAAGAAAAUGUUGGUGUAAUUAUUGUUAGUUCUGAAGAAAGUGGAGAAGUGACAGAUGACGUCAUCAAAAACCGUCCUGUUAUAUCUGUAUCACAGUCAGCUGCAGGUGAGACCACCAGUGUUUCAAGUGCUAAGGCUGUGAGUAAUGAAACUCUGAAAGACGCUAACGAAAAGCAGAAUAUUAAGGAAUCUUUCAGUGUUACCCAGAUCAGUCCAAACGAUGAAAAUAAGUCAGUAUCCACCGAGAAGAAAAGCAUUAUACCACAACAUGUUUCUUUACAAGAGAAUACAAGUCAAAAGGACAGCCCCGGUGUGAAUUGUGUAGGAGCCGAAAUCGUUGUAGGCGUUGAGCAGCUAGCCACUAAAGAACCGAAUGGAAAGAGUGAUGAAUCAAUAAGAUGUGUUUCGGCUGAAACUGUCCAAAAAACAUGUCCAGAUAAUUCAGAAAUCCGUAUAAAUGACAAUCUGGGGUCGGAACAGUAUACAUGUGAAGAUAAGCCACAGGUUAAAUCCACCUCCAUGUCUUCAGACACAGACACCACUGGCCCUUGUGUGAUCAAUACUACGUGUUUAUCUCAACCAGACAUGAAAUCGAACACCGAACAGCCUAAUACAACCUCAGAGAUGCAAAUUCUGCCGAAAGCAGAUGAAUACCCAGACAAACUGUUCUGUGAGACUGAAUCACAGCUGAAUGAUGGAGGGAUGACAAGUGCUGCAGCGGAUGCCGAUUACAAGCCGGUCCCCUCUCCUACUGUUGCAGAUACUUCAGUUCCAGUACAAAGAGAUCUUUCCUUAAACAGCACACAAAGCACCAACAGUGAUGCCAGGGAUGUGCCAGUCAUUGUACUAAAGACUCCAGGCCCGAUGCUGAGUCACUGUGAGGACAUUUAUGACCGUGAUAUUGCUUUAGGAGCCGGGGAGCACUGCAGUGUAGACUGUGUAUGUGAUUACCAUACAGAGGCAGUAAAGGACUUUAAAGAGGAGAGAGAUGAUGUAAACGAAAAGUUUUUUGAAGAAAAAAAUGCAGAUGAUUACACUGUUGGUGUCUCCACACAGGAAGUUGCAACUUCAUCUGGAUCCCUUCUGCUCACGGCUGAUAGUCCAAAACAGGCAUGUGGUUCACUGCUAGCGUCAGAGAGCCCAGAAACCGAUAAAAAUGCAAAGAGGAAUGAGGGUGAGACUGAUAUUGGCAUAAAAGGAAAGAAUGAAUAUUCAAAUUCUAAAAAAAAUGAGAAGGAUUUAAGUGGUGUACCUACAAAUAUUAAAAUGGAGGUUGGCACGGCUAUUCAGGACGAUGAGCAAAAUAGCCAAUCUCUAUUGCACUCAUCUCAUCUUUGUAGUGAUGAAAAUGUCUCUUUUUCGAUAUCAAAAAUCACUGAGCCCAAACCAGCUGUAACACUACUGUCAGAUCUUUCCUCUGGUCAUGUAAGCUCAAAAUCAGUAGCCAAAGAGUUACAGUCGAUUACCAAUAUGCAAAAUGUUUCAGUCUCUUUAGAAACAACCUGUACUGAUGAGUCACUUAGUUCUCAAUCAACUGUGACAAGUCCAAAUGAUGGCAUCAAAACCGAAUCGCUUGAAACGUCUAAGGAACCUGCUCAUCAUGUAUCAUUAGAUGCAAAUGAAGGAUUCAUGCCAGUGAUGGGAGGAGAACCAAACAACGAGUGUGUGAAUGAACCUCAGGGACAAAUUUCCAGUGCAAAAAAUGCCUCUGAGGAGGAAGGAAACAAGCAAAACCAAAGGAGUCAAACAGCAUUAAAAGAACAAGCAAAAAAUACAUGCCAAAAUGACUUAGAUAGUGCACAUACAUGUCAAGAAAAGGAUGAGACUACUGUAAAACCUGGACGAAAUGUUGAUGAAACAGAGUUAAUAAACGUGGAUGUCUUAAGGAUAUCAGGAGAAAAAAAUGACCUUAACAAAGAAAAUAACUUUACUCCUGUGUCUGAUCCUGCUUUAACCUCAAAAGGGCAUAAAGAGGAAGACUCGGGUAUUCAUCCAGACCUAAGCCAAUCAGAUUUGUUAUUUUCACAGUCCCAGGAGCUCCAUCAGCAACAGGUGUUCAUGAGCACCGCUCCAGAAGCAAUAUUAGAUGUGGAGGAGAAUACGGAUAAAAGAAAUGAAAAUGCUGAGGCCAAUAAUUAUGCAGAUGCUGAGGCAAGUGAAAAUCAAGAGAAAGUGAUUGUGUGCUGCACCACAGAAGCUCAAAGUUCCUUAAACGGCACAUUGGAGAGUUCCACACUGCAGGAAGGUAAUAAAAGACGUCUUAUAGUCGACAUUACUGGUCUACAGAAUAAUCAGCAGAGCAUACAAACAACAGAUCUUUGUAGUGAGAACAGCCCAUAUCCUGUUUGUGGUGAAAGUACACCAAGAGAAAACUCGAACCAAACACAGAAGGUAGUAAAAGAAGAAAGUGAAGUUUCAUUAACGUCAUUACUGGCUACUACAGAAAAACAGGACAUGCAGGCUAAAGAGCCAGCUGUUUUAGCCUCACAGGAAAGUAAGAGUAACUGUUCAGAAUGUGUCAACUCGGAGACCAUUGCUGAUAAGCAUGAGAAUCUGUGGAACAAAAUCCCAGACGCCAAGAAAGAAUCAGAAUGUCCCGUAGAUCAGUCAAGCGGUCCCAGCAUCUCACACCAAGAAGCAGGAGAAAAAACAGAUGGGCGGUGUUUCAGUUCAGUUCCCAAUGGAGACAAUGAGAUCAGACUUGAUUCACAGAGUGAUGUUGCACAGAUGUCACUUCUAGAAACUUCUGCUUUUCAGGAAAAAGAGUCAGGUUCUCAGCCUACUGACAUGCAGCUUUCCAUCACCACCACUUACAUUUCAGCCACAGUGCUCCCAGAAAAUUUUAAAGAUGAUGAAGAGACAAAAGUUGAUCAGGACUCCAGAGAUACAGAGAGUCUAGGUUUAUGCCGCUCGGUGUAUCCCACUGAAUCUCUAAAUUGCAAUUCUGAAGUUCUGAAGACAACACAGCAUAAUACGUAUUUUUCAGAGCAAUUCUCAGACUGUACCCAAAAAACAGAGGAUCAGGAUACACAGUGUACCGCCCAACAUUUGGAUAUCGAAAACAUAAUCAGUGCUGUUAAAGCAGAAGACACUGUUUUGAAGAAAAGUCAACAGGGAGAAGAAAUUAUUAAAGCAGAGAUAAAUGUGCACACGGACACAGAGGUUAAUCUUAAGUCUCCAGAGUCUGUUGUUGAAGGAUCUAAAGAUGAUGAACAUCAAAGGAUGUUGUCAGCAGAGAAGCAAGCCAUAGCCAAAGAUGAGACACAAAUAGAAAUGAAACAGGCUGCUGUCAAUGUAACAUCAUUAUGUCCCAAGAUUUCUGUCUCUUUAUUUACUGACAACCAGGAUUCCCUUCAGCUCCCUCUCAUGGUCAAUCAACAGUCUAGUCAGCCGGCAACUGAGUCUUUUGUGCAAUCUUUUCAAGAAACAGAAAGGGUAGAAAUUGGCAGUGAUCAAAAUCCUGACACAGCAAACAGCUCAACUGAAGACAUAGGAUCCUUUCCAAUCAAAAACACUUUACAGAAAGAUGACAUUGAGGUUAAAGAGCAAGGCAACAGUGUUUCAGAAGGUGAAGAUGGGUUGCUGGGUUCAGGCCAAGGAAAAGCACAGAUAUCAAAAGUUAAAAAUAGUUUAGACAGCCAGGUCACAAGUGUAAUCUCUGUACCUGAGAGCUCAGGUACGAUCAACGAUUCUGAUUGGCUCAGAGCAUUGAAAGAAUCAGCCGCCAUGUGUCAGAUCACUGCAGAACACAGAGAUGACACCUGUGGAUCUGCAGAAAACAGGCCACUUGAGUUCCUCAGUUCGCAUCAAUCUGAACCAGAAUUCAAAACCCCUACUGAGGAAGGCUUCCCCCCAGCGCCAGAGAGUUUCCCCCUGGAGAUCGAGGACAGUUUUCCCCCUGCUCCUAAAAGUUUUCUCCCUGCGAUUGAGGAGAAUUUCCCCCUGUGCCUGAAAGUUUUCCCCCUGAGAUCGAGGAGAAUUUUCCCCCUGCUCCUGAAAGUUUUCCCCCUGAGAUCGAGGAGAGUUUUCCCCCUGCACCUGAAAGUUUUCCCCCUGAGAUCGAGGAGAAUUUUCCCCCUGCUCCUGAGAAUUUUCCACCUGAGAUCGAGGAGAAUUUUCCCCCUGCUCCUGAAAGUUUUCCCCCUGAAAUCGAGGAGAAUUUUCCACCUGCUCCUGAGAGUUUUUUUCCUGAGGACGAGGAGACCCUUUCACCUGACACGAAAGAGAGUUUACUUCCUGUGACUGAGCAAACAGAAGAACCACCAGACUGCAGGUCCCCCAUUACAGAAGCUGUUGAGAGAAGUGAGCCCAUUCUCUGCUCCCCGUCACCCCCACCACAGCACGUGGUUGCUGCCGCCCUCCCUGCCCACCUCCUCCACAACACAGUUGAGUUCCCCACUCCGCCUCCUACC